AUGCUGAAUAAACUUUUAAAUUCCCUCCUCGCCAAGAAGUUGUUCUUCAGCAAUCUCCGAAGUUACUCAGUGAAGGUGAAAUUCCUGAAGAAACCAAUAGAUCCAGAUGUUGCAAGCAUUUUUCAGAAGCACGAACAAUCCAUCCUCUACAGUUCCUACAGGGAGGAUCAUUUCCUCAAAUUGGGCUACAAAAAGAGUCGAGCCCUUCAGGAAAUGAUCAAAGUCAAGGAGAAAGAGAUGAAGAUUGCCAGUGGGAAGGUGAAGGAAUUCCCUCUUGCCCUCAAGUACAUCGCCAGCCCGGAAGACAGCGUAAAGUACGAGGAAGUAACAAAUUCUCAAUGCGACAGGAUCGUCUUUUCCAAAGAGGAAGAAGAAUUCCUGGACAGUAUUCGGGAGAAGGAGAUGAAGAGGAUAAAAGCGAGAUUUUCCCCGGAAGAAGAACAACCAGAUUGGCUGCAUGACUAUGAAUAUUUUGACGAGAAUGAGGAUGCGAAUGUUAAGUACGGAACUCCCGAUCCAACAAUUCCCAUCUCAAAAGUACCUUGCAAUGGAUGUGGAGCUGCACUUCAUUGUGCUGAGCCCAGCCUCCCGGGAUACCUUCCUAGUGAAAUUUUCAAAGGACGCUCAAGUACCGAAUUGAAGACAAUCAUCUGCCAACGAUGCCACUUCCUCAAGAACUACAACACAGCCCUCAAUGUGAGCGUACAUCCGGAUGAGUAUUUGCAAAUGAUCUCCUCAAUUUCCCACAAACAUGGUCUUGGAAUGCUCAUUGUGGAUCUCCUGGAUUUCCCCUCAUCCAUCUGGUCAGAUGUUAGUAAGGUAAUUGGCGAGAGGAGACCCCUGUUUAUCGUGGGAAACAAAGUAGAUCUCAUUCCCAAAGAUUCCCGCAACUACCUCAAUAACAUAAAAGUCCGCCUAAUGGAGGAAGUCACAAAGAAGGGGCUUCUGGAGAAGAAUAUUAAGCACAUUGCCCUCGUCUCAGCAACCACGGGCUAUGGGAUUGAGGAAUUAAUUACAAAUCUUCACCACAAGUGGGGUACACGGGGUGAUGUGUACCUCAUUGGUGCCACCAAUGUGGGCAAGAGUUCCCUCUUUAAUGCCCUCCUUCGUUCGGAUUACUGCAAAAUCCAAGCACAGGAUCUCGUGAGUAGAGCUACAGCAUCCCCAUGGCCGGGCACAACGCUCCGUCUCCUGAAAUUCCCCAUUCUUCGACCAUCAGACUACAGAAUUUACCUCCGGACACAGAGACUCAUCACGGAGCAGUAUACUAAGGGACAGGAGGCGAAAUUGCGCCAAAUUGAAGCCAAUAAAACGGGGAAAUUGCAGUACGCCACCCUUAUGGGGCACAUUGGACAAACAUUCAGGCCUGAGCCUGAAGAAACGUCGGAUUUCUUCGCAAUGGGAGGGGCAAAUAUCCAACCACAGGCACUCAAUGAGGAUAAUAAGGAUUACAGAGAUAGCAAAUGGUGCUACGACACUCCCGGGAUCAUUCUUCCUGACCAAAUUCAUCAUAAACUCAAUAUUGAGGAAAUUCUGCGCGUUAUUCCCAAAGAGAUGCUCCGCCCGCGGGUGUUUUUCAUCAAAUCCGGGCUCUCCCUCUUCCUGGCUGGCAUUGGGAGGAUUGAUUAUGUCACUGGGAUGCAACCAAUCAGAUUAAUCGUUUAUGCAUCCUUGAAGCUUCCCAUGUUAGUGUGUGAAACAGAAAAAGCAGAAGAAAUAUACACAGAUCUCCUUCCUACGGAUGCUCUCCAAGUGCCCCAGAAUACCAUUGAGAGAUCAUCCCCCUGGACAGGCCUCAAAUGUGCAAAAGAAUUGAAUUUAAUGGGCAAUUACAGCAGCCUGACCGUUGCAGACAUUGUCUUUGGAUCAAUUGGAUGGAUUGGGGUGAAUGGGAACAAAGAUCAGGAGAUUUCUCUCCGUGUAUGGUCACCGGAUGCUCAGGGAGUAUCCCUGCGACAACCUGCCCUCCUUGAGGAAGGUUUUCGCCUACGAGGGAAAAGAAUUCGUGAUAGUGUAGCCCACAAAAUUGGCAAAGCCUUCAUUAAGCAAUAAAUCCUUAUAUGAGAUUGGUUACAAAGAAA